UUCAUAUAGGAGGGAAUUUAAGAGAGAGAGAGAGAGAAAAAAAACUCGUAGAAGGGUGCAACAAUGGCGUCCCAAAGAGCUUAUAAUUCAAUUUUCUUGAGCCAAUUUCUGCUUAUUAUUCUCUCUUUAACUAUCACCAUUAAUAAUGUUGCAGCUUCUUUAACAAAAGAACAAGAAUUUGAUCGUAUAAUUUCACUUCCGGGACAACCUCCGGUGACUUUCUCACAGUUUUCCGGCUACGUUACCGUCAAUGAAAACCAUGGAAGAGCUUUGUUUUAUUGGUUGACAGAAGCUACUACUCAACCAGAAAAGAAACCUCUUGUUCUUUGGCUUAAUGGAGGUCCUGGUUGUUCAUCAGUAGCAUAUGGGGCAUCAGAAGAAAUAGGUCCAUUUAGAAUAAAUAAAACUGGUUCUUCUCUCUAUUUGAACAAGUAUUCAUGGAAUAAAGUGGCAAAUAUUCUCUUUCUGGAAUCACCAGCUGGUGUUGGGUUCUCUUAUACAAAUACAAGCUCUGAUCUUAAGGAUUCUGGAGAUAAAAGAACAGCUCAGGAUGCACUAAUCUUCCUCACAAGAUGGAUGUCAAGAUUUCCACAGUAUAAAUAUAGAGAUUUCUAUAUUUCUGGGGAGAGUUAUGCAGGGCAUUAUGUUCCCCAGUUAGCACAUGCCAUUGUCAAUUAUAACAAGAAAUUUCCACAUCCAAUCAUCAAUCUCAAAGGAAUCAUAGUAGGAAAUGCUGUUACUGAUAACAAAUAUGAUGGCAUUGGAACUGUUACAUACUGGUGGAGCCAUUCUAUGAUUUCAGACAAUACUUACAAAAAAAUCAUGCAUUCUUGCAAUUUCACAUCAGAAAAUUCCUCAAAGCAAUGUGAUAAUGCAGUAACUUAUGCUGUGAGCCAUGAAUUUGGUCAAAUUGAUCAGUACAGCAUUUACACACCAUCUUGCAAUGAAACUCAGAAAUAUGUUCGGUUCAAGAACACGAUUAUUCAUCGAAAACUCUCGGGCUAUGAUCCGUGUACUGAGAAUUAUGCAGAGAAAUACUAUAAUCGCGCCGAUGUGCAGAGAGCCAUGCAUGCUAAUACCACAGGAAUUUCAUACAGUUGGACUGCAUGCAGUGACAUAUUGUUAAAGAAUUGGAAGGACUCUGAUGAUUCAAUGCUACCAAUCUAUAAGAAGCUAAUGGCUGCUGGUCUUAGAAUAUGGGUUUUCAGUGGGGAUACAGAUUCAGUGGUUCCAGUGACUGCCACAAGGUUCUCUUUAAGUCAUCUCAAUCUCAAGAUUAAAACUCCAUGGUAUCCUUGGUAUUCUGGAGCUCAGGUGGGAGGGUGGACAGAGGUGUAUGAUGGACUCACAUUCGCAACGGUUAGAGGAGCUGGACAUGAAGUUCCAUUGUUUCAGCCCAGAAGAGCAUUUAUUCUUUUUCAGUCAUUCUUGGCUGGAAAAGAAUUACCAAAAAAUUGAGAUUUAUUCAUCAAAAUUGCAGCUUGAGAAGUUGUAGGGCAAAAGGCAAUUUAUAGCUCCUAAGAAAUUAUGGGAGUUUGCAAAUUAGAGUUAGAAUUGAUUCAUUUCAAAUUGUGUAUUUGAAACUCAUCAUUUCUCAUUUGACCAGAAAUGAUUCUCUAAGAGAAUCAGCUCUAUUAAAUAAUUUCUUCAGAUGUC